AUGAUGGAAUCUGUUGUACUUUCCUGUAAAGAUUGUACUACCUGCCUCACAGUCUCCCUUUUAAUCUGUUGGCUGCUUUCCACUACUUCCCAGUUCACCAUUAAAUCAGUGUCUCCCAUUGCUGUUGAAAUGGAAAAUUUUCCUCUGUUUGUGUAUAACCUGAAGAAUGUUAAAGCCUUUUCCUGGUACACAGGAGUUACCAUGCUCAAGGACUAUGAAAUUGCAAGUCAUGUGAUAGCUACCAAUUUUACUGUAGUGGGGCUUGCACACAGUGGUAGAGAGACAGUGCUCAACAAUGGCUCUCUGCUGAUCAAGAGUGUCACCAGAAAAGAUUCAGGAUACUGCACUCUAUGAUCACUUGAUGCAACCUCAAGACCGGAAGUAAUAAGUGCAGAAUUCUUUGUACACAGUCCACUUAUAUGCUACAAGAAGCAACUUAUCCCUUCUCAACUUACAAUUGGGUUAGUGCCACAUAGUGUUGAAGAAAGCAUAAAUAUUGUUCUGUGGGUUUUUAAUCUUCCAGUGAAGCUUCAAGGCUUUGUCUGGCACAAAGGAGUAUUUCUACUUGACCAUUUGAGGAUAGCAAGCCCUUCAUUCCUCACCAAUUCAACCAUGCUGGGUCUUGCAUAUUAUGACAUAGUGACAGUAUGCAAAGAUGGAUCCCAGCUUCUCUUGAAUGUCGAGAAGAAAGACCCACGGUUUUACACACUACAAACCAUAUCUCUCAAUUUGAAGUCAGAAUUGGCCAUUUUGGACCUCCAAGUAAACAGUAAAUGA